AUGGAUUAUUUCUUGAGCUUUAUACUAUGUCUUUGCCACACCUGGACCAUAAUUCAAGCUUUUUAUUCAAUUGCAAGAAGUAUAGUGACUUCCACAAAGCUUCCACCGGGACCUAAACCUUUUCCAAUCAUCGGAAACCUUUUAGAACUUGUUGGUCACAAACCCCAAAAGUCCUUGGCUAAACUUGCCAAUACACAUGGCCCCUUAAUGACUCUAAAGCUAGGCCUGAAAACCACAAUAGUCAUUUCUUCAGCAGACUUGGCGAAAGAAGUUCUCCAACAACAUGACCAAUUCUUCUGCAACCGUACCAUUCCAGAGUCAGUCGUAGCUGGCAAUGAGCACGAGUUCAGCUUGCCUUGGCUACCAGUUUCGGCCCAAUGGAGAAACCUUCGAAGGAUUUGCAAGUCCCAUUUAUUUGCUAAUCAGAUACUCGAUGCAAACCAAAACCUCCGGAAAAAGAAAGUGCAAGAGCUCCUUGCCGAUAUCCAUAAUAGUAGUCUAAAUGGAGAUGCAGUUGAUAUUGGCAAAGCAGCUUUUAAAACCUCCCUUAAUUUGUUAUCUAAUACCAUCUUCUCAGUAGACUUGGCUGACCCCAAUUCUGCCACAGGAAGAGAGUUAAGCAAGCUCGUCCAUAGUAUCCUAGAAGUGGGUUCACGUCCAAACUUGGCAGACUAUUUUCCUGUGCUUAAGAAGGUUGAUCCUCAAGGCAUACGCCGCCAGAUGACAAUUUACUACGGGAAGAUGAUAGACCUCUUUAGCAGCAUUAUUAGCCAACGGUUGCUUCAAAGAAAAACGUUUGGUUCUAUCAGAAACAAUGACAUGUUAGAUACCCUUCUCCAUAUUAGUGAAGAAAGCACAGGGGAGAUUGACAAAACUCAAAUCGAACGUUUGUUUGUGGACCUGUUUCUUGCGGGCAAUGAUACAACUUCGGCCACAUUGGAAUGGGCAAUGGCGGAGCUACUCUACAACCCUGAGGUUUUGUCAAAAGCAAAAGCAGAGCUCGAGCAAAUCAUUGGCAAAGGAAAUGCAGUAGUGGAAUCUGACAUUGAUCGUUUACCGUACUUACAAGCAAUAGUUAAAGAAACCUUUCGGUUACACCCUCCGGUUCCGCUGUUGCUUCCCCGUAAAGCUGGAGCAGAUGUAGAAAUUCAGGGCUUCACAGUCCCAAAGGGUGCACAAGUGCUUGUAAAUAUAUGGGCUAUAGGCAGGGACGCCAGUAUAUGGGAAAACCCAAACUCAUUUAAGCCAGAGAGGUUCAUGGGAUCAGAAAUUGAUGUCAAGGGAAGGAAUUUUGAGCUUAUUCCGUUUGGUGCAGGAAGGAGAAUGUGUCCUGGAUUACCAUUGGCAUUAAGAAUGUUACACUUGAUGUUGGGUUCGCUUAUACACACCUUUGAUUGGAAAGUUGAAGGUGGUUUUAAGCCCAAGGAUAUCUACUUUGAAGAGAAGUUUGGUUUAACCUUACAAAAGGCUAAACCCCUACGAGCUAUUCCUAUCAUGGCGUAAGAAUUUUAUGCACUCUCCCUCCUCUCCUUCCAUUUUAAACCAGCCUCCUCUAAUUAGUAACUAUUAUUGUCUGUCCU